AUGUCUGACCUACUUCACCGGCUAAACCCCUUCCGACCCGCCUCACCUGCAAAACCACCACCCCACUCCCAGCUUCGCACUUCGUCGCCCAUCCGUAAACGUACGAAAUCACCCCACCACCUCACGCUAUAUCUCGAGCGCGAUCGCCCCGACUCGGCGGCGGGACAUCUCCCCUCUCGCGCUUCGUCGUCCCUCGAGUCUCCACUCCCCGACGUACCGUACGGCCGUUACCUGCUCGACACACAGCGGUCGAUGGAUCUGGAUCGGCCGGUAUUUACGCCAGUCCCCUCGUCCCCUUCGCACUCCCCAUACCCUCACACUGACCCACCACCUACGACCACUCCAGGUCGGCGGGCCAGGACACCCUCGAUCCUUCGCACGCUAGCGCACCACCCGAGCCUGUCCGCACUGAAGGGCAAGCAGAAGCGGGAGAAGAAGCGGGAAGUCGAAGAGCGGGAAGAGAGAUUGAGCGGGAGUGUGGACGAUGAAGUCCCAGAGAGGGAUGAGGAGGAGCGCAAGGGAUGGAUGGGGACGUGGGGGAGUGCCAAGAAGAAACGGGCGAGAAAGGGGAGUUUAAAGCUGGCGAAGAGCAUGCCGAGCGUUCGGACCAGUGACGAGAGCGAUGACUAUCGAUCAAGUAUGGACGUCCCCGUACCCGCUCUUCCGGAAAUGUACGUCAAGCGCACGUCGAAAGGGAUCGACUUCUCCAAAGCCCUAACGCCGGACAUCGAGAUCUGCUUGGAGGGGUACGAGACACCCGUCUCGCCCACUCGCAUCGCCCCUAGGGCUUCAACUUCGCCUAUGCGGAUGCCCCGGACACGAGGCAAGUCAGAGGACCUGUCGCCGAAACGGCAGCCUAUUCUACCACGCCAUCUCUCCACGCCCGCUAAAGCCGACCGCGGCUACUCACCCUCGCCUCCUCGUCUCUCCCUUCCUGCACCCUCGCAGCAUCCCCACCCCGUCCCCCUCGACUGGACCCGACGGGACUCAAUCGAAGAGUACGAUCCGAGCAAUUAUGGGGAUCGACCUGGGACGCCCGAAGACCUCGCAGGGCAGCUGGAAGAUGGACUGGAUAUCCUGCGGCUGCCGGAGGAGCUACCGGACGGGACGCCGGGCGGGACGACGGCUGAUAAGCGGAGGGGCAUGCUUUCGGACGGCGCAAAGCAUGAGAAGGGCUCGAUCCGGUUCUUCUCCCGAGACACCUACGCUCGACUAUCGGAGUCCCCCUCUGAGUCUCCUCGCCCAUCCCCAUGCCCCACCCCAACUCUCACUAUCCCCAACCCGGCCGGUCUUUCCCCCGCUCAGCGCGCCGAAUCGCCCUUCGAAGUCAAGCUCUCUCCCCUCGUUACCAAGCGCAUGUCCCUCGAGGUCUUUGGUCCUACCCUCGGCCUAGUCAAGGACGAUGGGGACAAGCGGGAAAGCCUGCAGAGUCUCGCGGAGAGCGUCGAGGAGAUGGAUGAUGAUCAGUUUGAGCUGGACGAGGAGAAAGGCGUGGCUACGGGGCUCAUCGACCUCGCCAAGCCCAAUACUCUCGAAGGAUGGACCGGGACCCAGCUCACGACAAUCGCGGAAUCCCCCUCGUCCGUCCACAGUACGGCGUACCUCGCUCAAGCUCAGAGCACACCCUCCGCUCCCACUCAAGCUGGAGGGGAGACCGGUCCGACCGCCUACUAUACCCCCGACUCCCACUCGACCUCCACGGGUACGGACAGCUCAUACUCGCCCGUCCCUGUUAGUCUAUCCCGGCAGCUCAUCCAGGCGCAUACGGACCACACCCGCCAGCUCGACGCCCGGGUCCGGGAGGGCGAGGUCCUCAUUGCGGGUCUGCGAGAGGAGAUCGCCAUGCUCAAGAAGGAGCUAGAGGAUGAGUCGUGCGAGAACGAGGCGGCGUGGAAGGUGGUCGAUGAGAUGCAGGCGGAUCUGAAGCAGGCGGAGGCUAGCUCAGAGGAGAAGCAUCAGGCGCUGGAAUCGAUGCGUCAGGCGAUGGUAGAGAAUGAGGAAUUCUUCGAUCAGCUGCAGGAGGCACACGAUAAUCUGGCGGAACGAUUCGAGCGGAUGGAGAUGGCUCUCACCAAUGGCGCCGAGGUACGCGAGAAGCAGGCGGAUCAAAUCGCCGCUCUCGGUCGGACGAACGGGGAACUCGUCCUCGCUUCUGCGGCGCUGAGGAAGGACAAGCUCGACCUCGAGUCUCAACUGCACGAAUCCACCGCCACGCUCGAGGCUCGAACGAAGGAGCUCAACGAUGCGGCGCGUCAACUCGAAGUCACCGUCGAAGAGUACACUACGCAUCUGGCGGACUGCGAUCGUCGAGCGGCGGAAAUGGGCGUGAGGGUCUCUGAGGUGGAUACGCUCCGCAGCCUGCUGAGUUUGCGCGAGUCGGAGCUCGAGGCGAGUCAGGCGGCGGCGGUAGAGCUGCGAGAGGAGAUGAGGGGGUGGGAGAGGAAGUUGGUGGAGAAAGAUAUGGUGCUUCAGCAGUUGAGGGAUAAGGUGGGAACGAAGCAAUUCGAGGUGGACGAGGGGAGAGUGGAGGCGGAGGGGGAGAUCAUGGAGUUAAGGGCGAAGCUGGACAGGGCACUGCAGGAGAGGGGGGAGUUGAUGGAACAGCUCAACACUGCCAAGGACAGCUCAGGCCGUACCACUCAGCUGGAAGAUGACAACACCCGCCUUGAGGAGGACGUCCAAGAACUUCAGUUCCUCUAUGAGGAGUCGCUCAACCAGCUCGAAGCUGCCCGGAGCGAGAUCGAGGCGCAAGUCGGCGACAUGUCGCUCCAGCAGGGCGAGGUGAAGCAGCUCCGCGCCGACUUGGAAGCCACCCAAGAAUCGCUCGCGCGUGUUACGGCCCAAUCCACCCGGGCUCAGCGGGAGCACGACCGGACCGCCUCUGACCUCAAAUGGAAGAUUGACGACCUCCGCACCCAGCUCGCCGACCAAGAAACCAAAGUCCGGGUCGCCUUUGUCGAGCGGGAAAUGUCAAGCGCUACCACAGCGGACGUACAAUCUCGACUCACGGCGUACCUCGGCGAGAUUGACCGGUUGAAGCUGGCCGAGACAAAGCUAUUGUCCGAGGUGGGCGAUCUGCGGGCUGCAUCGUCUGGCGAGACACUGCGGGUCGUGGAGCUGGAAAAGCGGAUCAAGGAGCUGGAGGAGGACAAGAUGUUGAUGGACAUCUCGCUGGAUAAUAAGGAGACGGAAAUCACGCUCUUGAAUCGUCAGGCGUCGCGAUCGGGGAGCGUCACGCCGACGAGGAAACGGCUGGUCGCUAGUACGAGUCGCAUCCCUUCUACUCCCUCGGCUUCGACUAUCGCUCGGCCGGGGGAAACACCGGGUCCGAAUCGCCGGCUUUCGGUCAGUAUGCACGGAUCGGCGAUCAAGCGUCCGGUCAGCGCGGCGGGGGCGGCCAAGUCGGGAAGGAGGGAGAGCUCCAUCAUGAGUACGCCCAAGCCAACUCCUACUGCGCCGAGUCUCGCUCGUCGUCCUUCGCUCGCUACUCCCACUCCGGCUACGCGGGUUCUCAGCUCGUCGACCAAGCAUAACCACACUUCCGACCUGAAGCUUGCCGGUCCUCGCAAGUCACUAGCGGUGGAGCCAGCGGGGCAGGUCAAGCGCAAGACGAGCCUCCCUACUCUUGCUCGGCCAGCUUCGGUCUCGCGCACGGGUCACCGAACGUUGGUGGGGAUGGAGGAAGAAGAAGAGGUGGGGGCGAAUUAG